UCUAUGCAAAGCCAGCAUUUCAUUUCUUUUUCUCCUGCUUUCUAAUCACUGCUUUAGUUCCUUAAAUCCUUAAUUUUUUAAAUCUACUUCUUUGAUGUGAAAGAUUGUUGGUUAGUUUGAGAGAAAUGGAGCUCUCUUUAAGUCCUGAAACAUUGCUGAAAGUGUUGUCUUCAAAAUGGUUUAUUGGAGAAGAAAAACGUGUUGGAACACGGACCAUCCUGGUUGGGCACCGCCCGGUUUCUGAAACAGAGGCGUACGUUCUGCAGAAAUUCUGUGACAACAAGAUAAUCUCCUCCAAGUACACUGUCUGGAAUUUUCUCCCAAAGAAUUUGUUUGAACAGUUCCGAAGAAUUGCCAAUUUCUACUUCCUUAUCAUCUUCCUUGUGCAGGUCAUAGUAGACACACCAACGAGCCCAGUCACCAGUGGACUUCCUCUUUUCUUCGUUAUUAUUGUUACAGCUAUUAAGCAGGGUUACGAGGACUGGCUGCGGCACAGGGCGGACCGAGAAGUCAACAAGAGCACAGUCAUCGUGAUUGAGGAUGGAAAGCGUGUGAAGAAAGACUGUGAUGCAGUCCAGGUUGGUGACAUAAUAGAAGUAACAACGGAUGAAACCUUUCCCUGUGACCUUGUGUUUCUCGCAUCAAGCAGCAAAGAUGGAACCUGUUAUGUCACUACAGCUAGUCUAGAUGGAGAAUCAAAUUUCAAGACUCAUUACACUGUGCAGGAUACUGCCAAACUCUCUACAUGCCAAGCCAUAGAUUGCCUUAUUGCCACAAUUGAAUGUGAACAGCCUCAGCCAGACCUCUACAAGUUUGUUGGGAGAAUUAACAUCUAUAAGGACAACCAAGAGCCUGUAGCCAGGGCACUGGGUCCUGACAAUCUCUUGCUGAAAGGAGCAACAUUAAAGACUACCCACAAAAUCUACGGCGUUGCUGUCUAUACUGGGAUGGAAACAAAAAUGGCUUUGAAUUACCAAGGAAAAUCUCAGAAACGCUCUGCUGUGGAAAAAUCAAUCAACGGUUUCUUGAUUGUAUAUUUAUUCAUUCUUGUGGGCAAGGCUGUGGUGUGCACUACUAUGAAGUACUUCUGGAUCAGUGAUCGGUCAGUUGAUGAACCUUGGUACAACCAAAAAACCCAGAGAGAGAGAGAGACCUUCAAGCUCUUAAAAAUGUUCACAGAUUUCCUGUCCUUCAUGGUCUUGUUCAAUUUCAUUAUCCCAGUCUCCAUGUACGUGACAGUAGAAAUGCAGAAAUUCUUGGGCUCUUUCUUCAUUUCAUGGGACAAUGAGAUGUACGAUGAAACAACCAAAGAAGGUGCUUUGGUGAAUACCUCUGACCUCAAUGAGGAGCUCGGCCAGGUUGAAUAUGUAUUCUCUGACAAAACCGGGACGCUGACAGAAAACACCAUGGAGUUCAUCGAAUGCAGCAUUGAUGGAUACAAGUAUAAUAGUUCCAUGUCUGAGGUUGAUGGGCUCCAAUAUUCUGAGAAAGCAGAGAGGAGUCGAGAAGAACUGUUUCUGCGUGCUUUGUGUCUCUGCCAUACUGUUCAGAUCCAGCAUAGAGAUAAAGUUGAUGCAGGAAAAUCUCACCUGGAGGCCUCAACUCCCAACUAUGUCUCCUCUUCUCCGGAUGAAAUAGCUUUGCUGACAGGAGCUAAAAAGUAUGGUUUCACUUUUCUAGGACAAGAAAAUGGUUUCAUGAAGGUACAGAACUGUGAUAAGGAAAUUGAGAGCCACGAGUUGCUUCAUGUUUUGGAUUUCGAUUGUGUUCGCCGCCGAAUGAGUGUUAUUGUGAGGAUGAACUCAGGGCAGAUACUCCUGUUCUGCAAGGGAGCAGAUUCUUCUGUUUUUUCAAGGGUCCCAGAAUCAGAAAUAAUGAAAACAAAAGUACAUGUAGAACGCAAUGCAAUGGAUGGGUAUCGGACCCUUUGUGUAGCCUUCAAAGAAAUAUCUGAAAGCGAAUAUCUGAAAGUCAGUGACAGUGUAAAAGAAGCUACAAUGGCACUACAGGACAGAGAAGCAAAGAUGGCAGUGGUGUUUGACGAAAUUGAGAGAGACAUGCAUUUGAUCGGGUCCACUGCUGUGGAAGACAGACUCCAGGAGCGUGCAGAGGAAACCAUUGAGGCCUUGCAUGCUGCCGGCAUGAAGAUCUGGGUGCUGACUGGGGACAAGAUGGAAACUGCCAAGGCAACCUGCUACGCCUGCAGGCUCUUUCAGACCAGCACUGAGCUGCUGCAGCUGACAACAAAAACCGUGGGAGAGGACAACCACAAAGAAGAACGGCUCUACAAGCUAAUGAUGGAAUAUCACAAAAAGCUGGUGAUUGAGAUGCCAGAAGACAUGAAAAGGAGCUGGACACUCAGUCACGAAUAUGGGCUAGUGAUUGAUGGUGCAACCCUGUCGCUGAUCUUGAACCCUUCUCAAGAAUCAUGUUCCAGCCACUACAAAAACAUCUUCCAACAGAUUUGCCUCAAAUGCACUGCAGUACUGUGUUGCCGAAUGGCCCCUCUGCAGAAGGCACAGAUUGUUCGAAUGGUUAAGAAUUCAAAAGGCAACCCAAUAACUCUCGCGGUAGGAGAUGGUGCCAAUGAUGUUAGCAUGAUCUUGGAAGCUCAUGUUGGCAUAGGUAUUAAAGGCAAAGAGGGACGCCAGGCAGCAAGGAACAGUGACUAUGCCAUCCCCAAGUUUAAAGACUUGAAAAGAUUGCUGUUGGCACACGGGCAUUUGUACUACGUUAGAAUAUCGCACCUUGUGCAGUAUUUCUUCUACAAGAACCUUUGCAUCAUCUUCCCACAAUUUUUGUACCAGUUCUUCUGUGGCUUCUCACAACAGCCUCUCUAUGAUGCAGCUUACCUUACCAUGUUUAACAUCUGUUUCACAUCCCUGCCUAUUGUGGCCUACAGUCUGCUGGAACAACAUAUCCCUAUUGACACCUUGAUGUCCUUUCCAAAGCUAUAUAUGAAAGUUUCUGACAAUGCAAUGUUGCAGUUGAAGCCCUUCUUGUACUGGACCUUCCUGGGCCUUUUUGAUGGAUUUGUGUUUUUCUUUGGGGGUUAUUUUCUUUUUCACGAAGCUUCUUUAGAGGACAAUGGAAAGAUGUCUGGAAACUGGAGUUUUGGAACCAUGAUCUUUACUGUGUUAGUAUUCACCGUCACCCUGAAGCUGGCAUUAGACACUCGUUUCUGGACAUGGAUAAACCACUUCGUCAUUUGGGGUUCAUUGGCCUUCUAUGUAUUUUUCUCAUUCUUCUGGGGAGGAAUCCUUUGGCCUUUCUUGAAGCACCAAAGAAUGUAUUUUGUAUUUGCCCAGCUGCUGUCUUCAGUGUCCACCUGGCUGGCAAUAUUUUUCUUGAUCUUCAUCAGCCUUUUCCCAGAAAUCAUUGUGAUAAUUUUUAAAAAUACACAAAGAGAAAACCGCAAGGUAACGAGGCGCCUCCCAUCCUCAGGAACUUCUACUGUCUUCAUGCUCUCUCAAACCUCCAGCAAUCACAGCUUCUCUGAAUGAACAAUAAGGUGAUUUCUUCUCUUUAAAAAAAAAGUUCGCUGCUGAGCUGCUUUUCCCAUCUCUUGAUGUGCAUAACCUUUAAUAAUGUGUCUCUCCCAUACACACGAAAAAGCUGAUACAUUCACGGUAUUCUCAAAGAACCUUUAAUUGCUUUUCCUUUCUGUUUUGUUCUCCUCCAUUGCUGAAGGCGGUCCAAUCUGCUUUCUGUUGCCAGCUCUUUCAUAAUCAUCCAUGCUGUGAAGCUGGGGCACAUAUGCAUCUCUCUUGCUACUUAAUGACUGCAGCACCCAGUGUUGACUUGUGAACCUUUGUGAAUCAUGUACCGUAUCUGUCCCACUCACAUCUCCUCAUACUCUGUGGCUUUUCAAUGGAGCUGGUUCACAUAGUCAUGGUUGAUAACAUGCAUGCAGCCCCAAAUGAGGUGGUAGUGCCCUGAGGUGCUAAAAUGUGGGGGUAGAGAGGUACAGGAAUUACAUUUUUUUAAAAAAAAUCUGUGCACGCUAGCCGGCAGGGAGCAGACAGAAAGAACAUUUCCUCCUUGGUUAUUACAACUUCUGCUAGGAUUUUUUGGGGGGGUGUACUGUAUUUACCUAGAAGGAAAACAAGUUGAGUGCUAUCAAGAAAAAAGAGAGGGAUGUCUUAUAUUUUCUACAAGUAUGUACAGUAAUUAAACUUUUUUGUGUAACAUUGAGGGGGGGGGUCUUCCCUUUGGGUAAGUACAGUACCCAUGCCAUUUAGGAGGUGUUAUAAUUUAUUGUUAGUUUUUUGUUUUCUUUAGACUAAUGAAUCUAAAAAAAAAAUACUUCUAACACUGAGCAUUAAAUAACAGUUCAAAACUGUUCUCCAACAAGAGCCAGAUGUGACCAGAUCCAAUUUGCUGCUUCAGGAUCCUACCAUCUCCAUUAUAUUGUAUGUCUAGACCCUGUGUCAAAGUUUCAGAUUCUCUGAUGAUGUACGUGGAGGACAGGUCCUGUAAGGCUCUCGGCUGUGAUAUCUGAAGAGAUACUCUGUAUCCAGAGGCAGUAAUCCUCUGAAUACCAGCGGUGGGUGCAGAAGCUUGUGGAAGCGGUGGCCUUUCUGCGCUGCUUAUAGGCUGGGGGGCGGGGAGGAAUCUGGUUGGCCAUUGUCUGGAACAGGAUGCUGGUUUAAUCUUGCAUUAAUCAUACACUCAGCUCAGCUGCUCUGAAAUCUUAACCCAGCAGUGGUAUAUACAAGUAUAUUCAGCAAGCCAAUGGCACAACACACAUUUGUCAGAUUCUGAGACGUCGCUAUAAGGUUUCCAGCAGUAUGCAUUGGAGGCAACAAAGUCCGCACUUCCAGCAUACAUUUGUGUAUAGCAUAGGGAUUCUGACCUUCCCUGAUGAUUGUGGGCAGUGGGUGAGAGGAUUUAGUAUUUUGAAUCAUUUUCAAGUGUCUUACCUCUGGGAAUAAAAAGCAUAACUCUUCUUGGGUCCGUGCAGUGCUUCACAAUGACACCCCCUCUGCCCCAAAAUCUAAGUAAUGAUCACCUGCCGAGUUUAGACCAAAAUUAUCUUCUGUAGUGUAUAUUUUUAAUACUUGUAUAUCACUUCUCCUUUUGCCCAAGAAAAAUCUCCCACCGUGGUUCAGAGCAAGCAGUGUAAUUGAAAUUAUAAUUCAGAAAUCAACUUGGCAGUUCCAUUGGGCCAACUGCUUCUCUAAAGUUUGUAGUAACAUUUGUGUGGGGAAGAUGUCAGUGAGAAUUACAGUUGCAGCUUCCAUACUAUUAAAGAAAUAUAUUGCAUUGAAGAAUAAAUCAUCUUGCCGGCAAAGCCAGAUCAACCCACAAGGUAGGAGUUUCUAUGUACUUGGAGGACCCCCCAAUUAUGCAGAAAGGUGGACGUCGUAAAGUAGCCAAAAGAAAAAAGAAAGUGUCGAAGGCUUUCACGGCCGGAGAACGAUGGUUGUGGGUUUUCCGGGCUGUAUUGCCAUGGUCUUGGCGAGCUUGACCAAGACCACGGCAAUACAGCCCGGAAAACCCACACCAACCAAAAAAGAAAAGCUUUAAAAAGCAGUCUGAUGAGCACCUCCUGCCCUCCGGAAGGAACAGGAUGUUGAAAGCAGCUGAGAGUCAGUUUAAUAUGAAAAGGGCAGAGGGGGAUUUUUAUUUGCAUAUUAUAACAACAACAACAUUCAAUUUAUAUGCUGCCCUUCAGGACAACUUAACACCUAUUCAGAGUGGUUUACAAAGUAUGUUAUUAUCCCCACAACAAUCACCCUGUGAGGUGGGUGGGGCUGAGAGAGCUCCAGAGAGCUGUGACUGACCCAAGGUCACCCAGCUGGCUUCAAGCAAAGAAGUAGGGAAUCAAACCCAGUUCUCCAGAUUAGAGUCCCUCUGCUCUUAAGCACUAUACCAAACUGAUGCAGAGUUAAGGAUUUCCAGGUGGUUCACCUGUGUCAUGAUUCCACGCAGCCCUUGUUUUCUUUCACUUAACCAAGUGGCACAGCUUAACUUGAAGAUGAUCCUUUCCUAUGCAGUUACAGGGUAUCAUGUAGACAUUGUUGGCACUUUUAGAGAUCUAAAAUUAUGUUUUUUAAAAAGAAUGAAAUAUCUACGAGAGAGAAAAUCCGCAUCAGCAAUGUUGCUUUUGCACAAGUUAAAAUAUAAUAGUUAAUUUCAAAAUAUACACAAAGUGAGUUCAGUACACACCACAGAUUGCUGAAGUUACGUUCGAGUUCAGUAGCACCUUAAAAACCAGCAAGAGUUUCCAGAAUAUAAGCUUUCAAGAGUCAAGCUCCCUUUGUGAGAUUACUGAGGUUAUUACUCCUGCAUGUCUUCCAUAGCAUGCAAACCAUUUCAGACAGUGUUUGUAUUCUGUAUCAUGAGCAGCCAAUAUACAGGAUAAGUGGUAUAGCAGUCUGGUUGUUGGCCAAUAGAAAGCUUGAUGAAGAAGGUGCCAUUUCUCAGCCAGCAAGCUUUUCAUCGAACACAAAGGUUUCUCUAAUGAUAAGGUUGGGGGGGGGCAGGAUAUUCCCAAAUCCAAAGUGGUCAUGUAUGUCCAACUCCAGGCCCUUGAGGUCAGUAGCUAGAGAGAAGCUUGGCAAGCAGAAGAAUUGACAGCUCUCCUGGCCAUAUGAGAACAGAAGGCCUGCUCUUAAAAUGUCCAGCCAGUCUGGAGGCAACAUACUGCCCACCAACUGCAUGUACCAUCGUACUACGCAAGUUCCUUUUUGUGCUUGUAGAAGUCUCUGAGGCUCAAGCUCAGGUAGUGACUGCGUUAGGCCCCAGCCUUGGACCAUAAGGGUCCCAGUGAGGAGACAGGAAGGAGUCAGGUUGGUAUAUAUAACUUCUGCAGAGGGGAAACUGGCCAUCCUCCAAGGCAAGUUUAUCGUUUUUGCAAUCAUUUGAUUUUGAGGCAAAGCAUCUUUUCUCCAUGGUGAAAUUUUGGAUUCCCUCUGGAUGGCCUUACACAGGCUCUUGCAUUCACUCUGAUUUUCAGUGUGGUGGGAGACCUAUCGAGUUUUUCUGAGAAAGGGCAUUGAUUCUUAGCAGUUUGUAUGUUUCUCAUCUCAAGCUCCAUCUGUCUAGCUCCACAACUGUAGCAUAAAAUGCAGAGUGGGCAGAGCUUUCUGUCAGGUAGAUGAAGCUAUGCAAAUAGAUGGCAAAGAUCUGGAUUGAAUUGAUUUAGCUGACAGGUUGGUCAUUAUAAAGCACUUGAAAUAUUUAUUGUUGCAGAAGUAUUUUUUAAUACUGCUGUUUAUCUGUGUUAAGAAGUUAAUUUGCUGAAUUGUUAUAUCACAGCAUAGAGAAAUGCAUUUUUACAUGCUUUAUAGU